AUUCCCUCUCGUGGCUCUCUCUCGUCCGUAGGAGGUAGGAAAGGUGGUGCGCGGUUCUAGCGGUGACCGAAUUUCCAGGGAGGCGAUGAUUGCGACGCGCGUGUGCAUUUCGUAACGGUCGUCGUACAGUGACGAGUGCAGGGAGUGAGAACGGCUAAUCAUGCCCAGAGAAGGCAGCAAUCCAGCCGGCAGGCGACCGUCGUCGCGCAAUGCGAAGCCCUACGACGCGAACAACUCAUUUGUAAGAAAAAUGGCAACCAAGGUGACAGAUUUUAUACCACAGUCCUCAUGGAUUAGUAAGUGGUUCAAUACCUCUCAAAAUAAUGAGGAUACACUAGAAAAUAGAGGGAAUAUUGAAGAGACAGAACUUGAGGAUGAUGUGCAGCAACCUCCUAGUAAACGAUCGCGUAUUCGUAUGGAUGUGAUUCAUCCACCUGGCACAUUUUCUAUACAAACGAGAGUUAAAACUACUUUGAAUACAGUUAAACCCUCUAAAGAGCAGUAUCCCAUUCAUAAUGAAAUGGCGGAAGAUUUUGCAAUAGCUGGACCAAGUGGAAUAGGCCGUUUAAUGUCUUCUACUCCUGCGGUGCAAGCAGACAUUAGGACUGUAACAUCUCAUAGGUCUGACUUAAAUUCGUUAGCUUCGAAUAAUGGAAUAGCAAAUGGAAUGGAUGAUAAUUCGGAAUCCAGUGAAAGUACUAGUGGAUGCAGUUCACUUAUUCCACAGAUAAAUAGGCACGAAGGCCCAUCAAACUUAUUGUACAGUUCAACAUUUACUAGUAGAAAGAGGCAUCUUGAUGAUAAAUUGACAUUUACUAAUCAUUUACAAUCUCCAAGAUCCUUGUUUCUAGAUAGUAAUUCUCGCGAUUCUUUAAGCAGUCGUAGACCGAAUUUUAACGCAUCAAUUAUAACAAAUGCUGCAGAUCGUGCAUCUCUACUAUCCUCUCCUUUUUAUAGUGGUAAUAUUACUUUUGGGGGUGCAAAUGCAGCAAGUCUUUAUAAACGAAAUCGUAAUAUUUUAAACAAUUCAAACGAGAUACAACUUAAAGUACCAAGGAGGACGAAUGUUGAAGUUAAACCUUCUGAUGCAGUAGAAGUUGAUUCAUCGGGAAUGAGUCAAACCGCCAAAAAGAUAUUGGAAGCAUUAGAACAUUUUUCUUCACCUAUAUCCGAUGCGAAAAAAAUUCCGUUAAAAAACACAAGUAAUGCUGUGUCUUCAGUGAACAGGAAAAGAGCACGAGAAGAGAUACCAAAUGCAUCUGCUAGAAUUGGUCUGCGUCAUUUGACGCGUGAAUUAACAGUACCAACCGUCCCUGAUAUAUUGAAGUUAAGGCGAAGACAAAAGCUACAAGAUACAACUCUUAUGGCUAGAAAGAUCGUUUCUGCUCGUAGCGAUCCCCCUCCGCCUCCGCAAGAAUAUCGGCUGAGGACGGAGGAUACCGAUAGUGAAAAGUACCGCGGCAAAUUAAAGGGUAAAUCUAAAAUAAAUUUAGAGCAAGAAGAAACAGUGGCGCCUGUAAAUUUGCCGAACAUACCUCUGCCAAUAACAACGUUACCUAAUUUUAAUUUUACCUUACCACCCCCUGCUUCACAUUCCGCAGGCAAAACUAUAGCAAAUAAGGAAAACUCUUUUACAUUUGCUAGUCCUAUUAAAGUAACGGAUGCUGGGAAAAGUUUGCAGUCUGUCAACAAUUUCACUUUUAGUAAUCCACUCAACGCUGAAGACUGCGCGAAUAAUUCGACUGAUUCACGUUCAUUAACAGAGAAGGAAUUUAGUGUUGAUUGUGCGGUAACAUCCGUACCAAAUUUCAUUUGGAGUGGCUCAUCUACAGCACCCAGAUUAAAAGCAAAAGCAAAAAACGUGUCUAUGCUGCCGCAGGAAUUGAAAUCAGGAAAUGUUAUGGAUGUACUUUUCAAAUCUAGUAAAAUAGAAUCUAAUUUAAUUGGACAAACAAACUCAGGAUUGGCUUCUGAAAUGACAUACACUGACAAAACUAUCAGCUCAGAUUCUGAUAUUACAAGUACGCACGAUAAGGAGUCAUCUUGGGAGUGUAGUGAAUGUAUGAUUAGAAACAAUGGUACAGACAAACAAUGUACUGCAUGUAAAAUGCCUCGGUUCAAUCCUAAUGACAAAACUUCAUUGCCUUCAACGUCGACAACAGAUAUAGUCGUGGAAACAAAGCCAAUUGAGCCCGAUUGUUUCGGAUCUCAGUUUAAACUAUCUACGAAUCAAUGGGAGUGUACAACUUGCUGCGUAAGAAACGAGCAGAGUGAUAUCACGUGUGUAGCAUGCACUACACCAAAACCAGGAAGUAGUUCUGUGAUGCAACAAACUGUUAAAUCUCAAAAUUUUGAUCUAAUGAAUAAGUUUAAAUCAGCCGAAGGAUCGUGGGAGUGCUCUGGUUGUUUACUAAGAAACGCCGCGAAUGUUAUUACAUGUCCUUGUUGCAAUACAUCUAAACCUACUUUUGUAAAAACAAAACCGAAAACAACGGAUAAUGUUACAGAGUCAUCUGCGCAAAAGUUAAAUACUAGCACAGAAGUCACGGCAACGAAAGAAAUAUCAAAUUCCGAAAUAAUGAAUAAAUUUAAACCAAGCAAAGAUUCCUGGGAGUGUUCAGGAUGCCUUGUUAGAAAUAACAGUUCUGUUGUCACCUGUCCUUGUUGCAGCACACCUAAACCUAAUUCCAUUGGAGAAUCAAGUAAAGUGGAACAGACUUCAAGUAAUGGGUUUGGAGACAAAUUUAAGAAACCAGAAGGUGCAUGGACUUGCGAUUCAUGCUUGCUACAAAAUGACGCAAAACAUAUGGAAUGUGUAGCUUGUCAAGCUUCAAAACCUGGGACUGUAAAAUCAAACGAAUCUUCAUCGAGUAAUUCUACCUUGCAGUUUAAGUUUGGUGUACCAUCUGGUACAACAAACUUAACUAAUCAACCAAGUGGAUUUAAGUUUGGUAUAGAUAAAUCUGACAAUCAAUCUAAAUCCGACACAUCUCCCUUGAACGGAUUUAAAUUUGGUAGUGGACAACAGAAUAGUGAUAUGGUACAGUUUACAUUUGGCAUUCCGAAGGAAGAGAAUAAAGCUGUAAGUGAAGCAGCUAAAACUACUAAUAGUGUCACUAUGUCUUCUAGUAGUACAGGAUUUGUACUCAAUGUGAAGAGUUACGAUAAAUCCGAAUCUACUAAUCAAAAUCAGGAAUCUAAACAGGAAACGCUUUUCGGUAUGCCAAAAAGCGAUAGUUCAACAAGUGAGAAACAGAGUACAAGCAUUGUGUCCUGCGCUUCAUCGACUGCUCCUUCUUUCUCCUUUAUGGGAGGAUUUUUAAAUGAGAAACCAGAAUUCGCCUUUCCAAACAAGAAUGAGCGUGUUCAAAGUUCCCCAAAAAAGACUUCCUUUGCAACCGCAGUAACAGAAAGCUCCAAGCCAGCAGCAACAACUGAUGCAGUACUAACUAGCACGACGUUACUGACGCAAAAAAAUAUUACAAAGAAUAUAUUAGAUGCAAAAUCGGAGCCGACAUUCUCAUUCGGGAUAUCAAGCAGUGUAAGCGCUGCUACUACAACUUCCACGAAUGCAACGACUACUUGUCUUCCAACUUUUGCUCAACCUACUUUCACAUUUUCCGAUACAAAGACGACAUCUCAGUCAACUACAGUACCGUCUUUUAGCCAAAUUCCACCGUCAUCUGCCACGUUAUCCACGAGCGUAUCGUUUGGAGAGAAGACAACUGAGACUACUCCAACUAAUAAAUCCGUAAACAAUACACCGGUCGCUCCGCUUUUUCCGAUCGUCUCAAGUUCCACACCGCUGUUCACCAACAAGUCGAAGACGACGAUAGCAUUCGGCACAGACAAACCGUCAUCAUUCACUACGACGGGCAGCAAACCAUCAGGAUUCGUGAUACCUGAGAACAAAGGAAAUGUUCCAACAUUUGGCAGUAACACUGAGAGUAAACCACCAAUUUUUGCUACGCCGGAAACGAAGUUACCCGUAUUCAAUUCACCCACGGCAAACCCUCUAUCAACGUUCGGCACACCGUCCAACAGUGCUACUUCGACACCUUUUGGAUCAACUAAUACCCCGGCCUUUGGAAAUAAUACAUCUGCUUUUGGCAAUGCUACGACAACAUCUACUAUGUUUUCAACCACCACCAAGCCCGUUGAAACUAAUGCUGCGUCGAAUUCUUCUUUAUUCACAUUCGGCUCGGCUUCAUCGCAACAGUCAGCAAGCGGCGGAUUUAACUUCUCUGCAAAUGUUAAUCCGGCCACGUCACCUGCGAAGCCGCUCUUUACGUUUGGUAGUAAUUCAAGUACGUCACAGAAUAGUAACACUUUCGGUAGUGAUACAUUUGGAGCUAACUCUGUUCCAACAAACACCAAUUUUGCGUUUAAUCCAUCUACUAAACAAGAAGCACCGGCGGCAUUUGGUCAAGGCGCAGCGGCUACUCCGAUAUUCGGUGCUUCACAAACAAAUCCACAAACUCCAGCAACAUCAUCAUUCUCAUCUACUCCUUCGUCCAGUACAGGAUUCAAUUUUGGAUCUACAGCUUCAGUUGCUGCGACAUCAGGAGGUUUUAACUUUGGAGGAAUGUCAUCUACAUCUGCAUCACCCGGAGGAUUCAAUUUUAAUUCUCCUGCUUCUACUCCUGCAGUGGCUUUCGAUCCCAAUAGUCGGCCUUCGUUCAAUUUCACCAAAGGAAGUGCGCCAACGGCAUUUAAUGCUCCACCCCAAUCGGCAGCAGCUCCACGGAAAAUCAAAAAAGCAUUUCGAAGAUGCGUGCGGUAGAGAGCAUAUGACAACACGUUCACAUAUACACUCAGGUGCGUCUACAUCUGUAUGUGUUUCUGAGUGUCUUUGUUAAGCCCAUUAUAUAAAAUGAUGUACAAUGAAAUUCUGUCAUACAUCAAUCAAUUGCAGUGUGGUGGUAUAUACCAAGCAUCUUUGUAAUAUAGUAAUCCAAAGCUAACCGAACAUGCUUGUGUACAAUAUCUUGUGUUCUCUCUCUCUCUCUCUCUCUCUGUUUCUCUUUCUCUCUCUCUCUCUCUCUCUCUCUCUG